AUCACCACCACCACCACCAGUGUUCGCCUUGCGCUCUGUCUGUCACUACUGUCCCGCGCUUGCUCGUGAUAACAGUGUGGAUAUCUUAUACCUUGUGAUGUCCUGAAGGAAAAAAUAAACAAAAAAGAAAAACAACAACUAAUUAACAGGCCGCCACGGGGGAGCUCCAGGGGGCAUCAUGGCGUACGACGGCCUGGGCAAACACCUGGAUUUCCGGUCCCUACCUGAACCCGGGGAUCGGUUUGAGCUGAAGCGGGUCAUUGCCACGGGGACGUAUGGGGAAGUGCACGAGGCGACGGACAAGGAGAAUGACAAUCGCCGCGUGGCCGUCAAGGUGGUGGAGAACAUCAAGGAAAGCAUGGAGGAGGUGGAAGAGGAGCACCGCGUUCUUGCCGAGUUGUCCCUCCACGAUAACUUCCCAGAAUUUUACGGGACCUUCCUCAAGCGAGCCGGCGACCCUGAGAAUCAUCAAAUCUGGUUCGUCAUGGAGUACAUAACCCUGGGCACGGCUGCGGAUUUGGCCAAGGCAUACAAAGCGAACAACCAGAGAAUGCCUGAAGCCCUCAUCGGCUAUAUACUGAAGAAUGUCAUCACGGCCGUUCAACAUCUCCACCAAGCCCAUGUGAUGUACCGGGACGUGAAGGGAAUGAACAUUUUAAUAACAGAAGAAGGAAACAUCAAAUUAGUGGACUUCGGUCAGUGCGGUCACCUGGACUCCACCAUGGGCAAGCGACGCACGGCAGUUGGCACCCCCUACUGGAUGGCGCCCGAGGUGGUGGAAUGCGAGCAAAAACCGGAUGUGGAAUAUGAUAACAGAUGUGACGUGUGGGCCUUGGGCAUCACCGCCAUUGAGCUGGGUGACGGUCACCCGCCCAACGCCGACGUGCACCCUGUUCGAGCCCUGUUCCAGAUCGUGAGGAACCCGCCGCCGACACUCAAGCGGUUCUCCGACUGGACGCAGGACUUUAACGACUUCAUUGGCGAGUGCCUCGUGAAGACCCCUGACCACCGCCCUAUCAUGAUGGAGCUGAUGGAGCACCCCUUCAUCGCCUCCGUGCCUGAGGACCCCGGCGAGGUCAAAAAGCAGCUUGUAUCGGAGCACAAGCGACUCUUCACCCCUGACCUGCAGAGGGAGAGACCAUUGACGGGCAUCGCGAGGCAUGGAUAUCUCAAGACUAAGCGCCGUGGGGUUCCCAAGAGGAUGAUUACCGAUGACCUUGCCAGCCUGGAGGUCUUCAACGAUGAGAUCGUGAUGGACACUAUGUAUUCUCGCUGGAAGGAGGGCAAGAUCUACACCUGGGUCGCCGAUGUGCUGCUGGCGGUCAACCCUUUUAGCAUGAAGGCGAAGUAUGACGAGGAGACCCAGGUUAAGUACAAGUCCAAGACGCGUAGCCAGAACGACCCCCACGUGUUUGCCAUCGCUGACCGGGCCCACCAGGACAUGAUGCACCACAAGGAACACCAAACUAUCGUGCUGGCCGGGGAGUCUGGCAGCGGCAAGACCUUCAGCUUCCACCAGAUUGUCAACCAACUCUGCCACAUCGGAAUGAGCAACCCGGGGCUCAUCACCAAGAUCCAGCGGGUGAACGUGGUGCUGGACGCCUUUGGGAACGCCGUGACGCAGCUGAACACAGACUCAACCCGCCACGUUCGCUACUUCGACCUGACGUUCUCCAAGACAGGGAAGGUGUCGGGCGCGAUCGUGUGGCUCAUGAUGCUGGACAAGUACCGCGUGACCGAGAGGGGAAGGAAUGAGGGCAACUUCCACAUCUUCUACUACCUCUAUGACGGGCUGUCCCAGAGUUCCAGACUGUCGCGCUACGGUCUCAAACUGGGUCGCAAAUACCACUACCUCGCAAAACACCCCUACGACAAUGAGGUCUCCAACGCGCAGAAGUUCCUGAAGGUGGAGGAGGCUUUCAAGGAGAUCGGGUUGACGGACAGGGAGCUCCACACAAUUUACCUGGUCCUCGCUUCCAUCCUCAUUCUCGGGAACAUUGACUUCAAGGGCGACCAUGAAGCUGCUAUUGUAGACAAGGAACCAGUGGCCGAGGUGUGCCGGCUGCUGGACAUCGAGGAGAAGAAGCUGUGUUGGGCGCUGUGCAAUUACGUUAAAGUGAAGCCGGACCUCAACGUCGAACAGGCUAAGAAGACCCAGGAGGAGGCCGAGUUGAGCCGAGACGCGUUUGCCAGGACGCUGUAUGCCAGGAUUAUGGACUUCAUGGUCAAUGUCAUCAACGUCAAGCUCUCCGUCACGCGUCUGGUCUUCGGCGACCCCUUUGCCAUUGGGAUUCUCGACAUGUUCGGGUUUGAGGCUAAUGAUUUCAACACACUGGAGAACCUGCUUGUCAAUGUAGCCAACGAGCAGGUCCAAUACUUCUACAACCAGUACAUCUUCAGCUGGGAGAUGCAAGACUACUCAGAGGAGGGCAUCCCUGUCAAGAGCUUCACCUUCCCCGACAACCGCCACAUUCUGGAGCUGUUUUUGGGCAAGAACAGCGGCUUCUUCAGCGUCUUGGAGGAUGAAAGCCGUGACGAGGGGGGCAGCGACGCGUCCCUUUCGUGCAAGCUGAAGGAACGCGCGAACAACAAGCAAAUGCAAGCCGUGUCUGACUACACCUUCGCCAUCGCGCACUACGUCGGGCGCGUCAAGUAUGAUAUUCACUGCUUUGUGGAGAAGAACCGUGACCACAUAUCUGCUGAGCUGGUUCAGACGAUGCGUAAGUCCGCCAAUGAGCACUUGCGAGAAAUGUUCUGCAAUAAGCUCACGAAAACAGGGAAUUUGACGACGGAGGUGGUGGACGUGAAGAAGAUGAAAGGAGGAGGAGGAGGAGGAGGAGGAGGACUAGGAGCAGCUGACAAGAAGAAGGGCUCGAGGCGCUUCAACACAAAAUCCAAGGGUCGCAUGUCACAAACCCGCCAGCUUCAAACUCUAGGCAUGAAUUUCCGCUACUCCCUCAUCGAGCUCCUCUACAAGCUGACGAACUCCCAGCCCCAUUUCGUCCGCUGCUUCCGCUCGAACAUGGACAACUCCGGCACCGUUUUCGACCGUGACAUGAUCAAACACCAGAUUAAGUACCACGCCGUCUGCGACACCAUAGCGAUCAGACAGCAAGGGUUCUCACACCGUAUACCGUAUCAGGAGUUCUUGCGAAGAUACCAGUUCCUCGCCUUUGAAUUCGACGAGCAGGUGGACAUGACCAAGGACAAUGCAAGACUUCUUUUGGUUCGCCUCAAGAUGGAAGGUUGGGCCAUUGGCAAGGACAAGGUGUUCCUCAAAUACUACAACGAGGAAUUCCUGUGCAAGCUGUACGAGACGAGCGUGAAGAAGAUAGUGAAGAUUCAGGCGCUGAUGAGGGCGUACAUGAUGAGGACGAAGGCGAAGUUGAAGGACCAGAUUAAGAAAAAGGAUGAGAAAAAGAAGCCAGUCCGCGAGAUGACGCAAGACGAGGCUGCCACUAAGAUACAGAGCAACUUCCGAGGCUUCAAGACACGCCAAGAAAACCCAGAAAUGGCCAAGAAAAUCCGAGACAGGAGGAGAUUUGGCGAAGCCACCGUGGAGGGCGAGGCGGCGCGGUAUGUCCAGCACUAUUACCGCCGCUGGAAAAUGCGCACGCUCUUCCAGCAGCUGCAAAUCUACCGCGCCGACAAGCAACAGCAGCUCAUCUACUUCUCCCAGCAGGUCCACCUCUACGGGCAGGAGAUCCAGGCAAAGCAGCAACGUCACAGUCAACGCAUGGACCUGGGCCACGUGCGGAACGAGGCCCCGGGCACACACAACAAGAUCCUCAAGAGGGAGAGGGGACCGGCACCCAAGCUUGCCCUCGACCACAUGAUCAACGCCUACUUCGAUACCACCUACCUGUGCGAUCCUAGCCGGGCGAAGAAGGGGAGGCAGCAGGACGAUGACUGGGAGGCGCCUUUCAAGUCCCGGGCGGCCACUUCGAGGGCGCAGAACAUGGGGAUUACGGACGAGGAGCGAGCAGCAGGAGGAGGAGGAGGAGGAGGAGGAGGCAUGGGAGCGAGGCGUGAUUUCGGGGCUUCCGGACACACCCCAAUGGACGUCCGCUCGAGAACUGCGAUGUUUGACCAGGGCAUCAACAACGAAAACAGCUCCAGCUACAACUACAAGCCCCCGGGAGGAGCAGGGUCAGCCUACAACAAGUUCGCGGGGAGCAGCAGCGCCAACAAGCCCGCCGCCAGCUACAACCGUUUCGCCGGGUCCAAUGUUUCCAAGCCCGCCUACACCAACCUGCCCACACCGAGUUACCUGAAGCCCACCCCCGCUCCGUCCGUACCUGUGAGUUCCUGGAGCGACCGACAGCAAAAUGGGUACAGCAACCAAGGGGACGAGGAGGAGCAGGGGACGCAUGAUUUCCGCAAACACCUCCGCAAAACCAACGUUCGCUCCGACCCCUUGAGAGAGAUGACGGAGCGAGCCGGAGCCACGGGGGAGGGCGUCUUCAAUUUCCAGGGGAUGCUGAGAAAGACUGGACACAACCGGCAAAGUAUGAAGAGAGGCGAGGGCGACUAUGGGGGAGACCCGUACAUGGACCAGGCGAACGGAAGCGACCUCAUGUGCCAGUCACCGACCUUAUACGAGGAGACGGAGGAGGCCAUGCUGUAGACGCGGUGAUGAUGGUGAUGGAGGUGAUGAAAGAGGUGGUGGUGGUGGUGGUGGUGGAAGAAGAGGUAGAGGAAAGGAAGAAGAGGAAGAGGAAGAGGUGGUGGUGGUGGUUGUGUUUUGGUUUGGUGAUGGUGGUGGAGGAGGAAGAGGAAGAGGAAAGGAAGAAGAGGAGGAGGAAGAGGUAAAGGAAGAAAAGGAAAUAGAAGAGAAGGGAAAAGCGAAAAAAAGGAGAAAAGGAAGAAAUAAAAAUAAAUAAAAAUAAGGUUAAAAGAAUAAAUGAGAGAGAGAGAGAGAGAGAGAGAGAGAGAGAGAGAGAGAGAGAGAGAGAGAGAGAGAGAGAGAGAGAAAGCAGGAUGAAAAAAGACUAACAAAUCAAAUGAUAUUCAAAAGAGAGGGAGAAAAAAAGGAAAAAAAAACAAUCGUAUUACCUCUCUUUUUGUCCUGUUAACUUACUCUUUGUCUGUCCGUCUGUCUGUCUGUCUGUCUGUUUGUCUGUCUCUGUCUGUCUGUCUGUCUGUCUGUCUGUCUCUGUCUGUCUGUCUGUCUGUCUGUCUGUCUGUCUGUCUGUCUGUUUGUCCGUCUGUCUGUCUGUCUGUCUGUCUGUCUGUUGUCUCUUAUGAAAACGAUCUUAGGUUGUGUGUAGGAAAGAAAGUUACGAAAAGAAAAUAAGAAGAAAAAAAAUGAAAAAGGGAAGAAGAAAAUAAAGGAAAAUAAUAAGAAAUAAUGAAAAGGAAAGAAGAAAGUAAAGGAAAAUAAUAAGAAAUAAUGAAAGAGAAAAGAAGAAAGUGAAAGAUAAUGAGAAAAAAAUGAGGUUAUGUGUAAAAAGAGAGGAAAGGAAGAAGAAAAAAAUAAAUAAUGAGAAAUAAUGAAAAAUAAAGGAAAAGAGUAAAUAAAAAAAAUGAUGUUAUAUUAAGAAAGAAAAGUAAAAACAAAACCAAGUAAAUAAACAAUAAUGUCUACCACCAUUACCUAAACGAAUGAAAAAUAGGAAAAGAAAAAAAAAAAGUUGACCAGUUAUGAAAAAAAAACAUUGCAUUCAAACAUCAUCAAUCUUAGUUUGUCUAUUUGUUUGUUUAUAUAUAUUUAGCCUCAUCAGUAACCCUCAGUAAUGAAGUAUAGAAUGUAGCAACUAUGAAUAUAAAUAAUAAAAUCUAGUUAAUCUAUUCCCAUAAACACUGUAAUCUUAUAUAGGCCUAUGUCAAGAAGCCAUUAGCCAGUUGUUUAUAUCUGUAGGUUUAUAAAUAUCCCUUAAGUACAGUGUUAAAUUCCCUCAUUAGGAUCUACAUAUAAAUGAUUAAGAUGCUCAUGAUAAUUUGGCGUGUAAGCCCCGCCCACUUCAGCCCAGCAUCCACCAAUAAGAUUCAACCUUUCCCAGCAUCCACCAAUGAAAAGGAGCCUGAGUUAGAGAGAGGCGUGGCCUGUGGGUGAACUAGCCAAUGAAAAUCAAGGAAAAAAUUAAAACCAUGCAACUGUAUACUUUUUGCUGUCACGAUAAAGGAGAAAAUGGGAGGAGCUUGUUCGCCAGGUUAGCCUAAUUUAGAGAGAGGCGUGGCCUGUGGGUGAACUAGCCAAUGAAAAUCAAGGAAAAAAUUAAAACCAUGCAACUGUAUACUUUUUGCUGUCACGAUAAAGGAGAAAAUGGGAGGAGCUUCUUCGCCAGGUUAGCGUGAACGGCGUAUUAAAGCAUUGUGUAGCGUAUUAGAUAAGAAUAAAUGAUAAUAAUGAUAACUCAGAAAUUAUAAAAGGAAGUUGGAAGUAAAAAAAAAAAUUAGGUGUUUGUUAAGAAUGAGUUUGAGAAAAAAAGAUGUGAAGAAAAAGAUGAAAGGAAGUGGCUUAUGAUUAAGGUUAUUAUUAUUAUCAUUACUAUUAUUAUCAUUACUAUUAUUAUCAUUAUUAUUAUUAUUAUUAUUAUUAUUAUUAUUAUUAUUAUUAUUAUUAUUAUUAUUAUUGUUAUUGUGUAUUUUUUGUUUGUUUUCUUCUUUGUCUUCAAGGAAAUAAAAUGUCCCUGUAGAA